CCUCUGUGUUUGUGGUUUGUCACGUCUCUUCCUGUCUGAGUUUCCUGGUUGAUGCUUCAGAGAAAAGUGAACCGUCACACAGACGAUCAUCCUAACAGAAGAAUCAGACUUUGGUGUCUGUCCAACUGCUGUUGGUCUGAUGUCCUGCAGCUGCAGAAUGGAGGGAACAUCUGUCCAGAUGCUGCUGGCUCUGAGCUCCCUGCUGUGCUGCACAACCAACCAAAGAAAAGAGGAGAAGUGACGGACUGCUGCAGCUGCUAAUAACAUACGGAGUUGAUAAAGUGUCAGUAGGUGGCGCUGUUUCCUAUGAGACAGGAGAUAAACACUGUCCUCAAGAGGAAACAGAAGAAGAAGAAAACAUUUGCGGUCCAAAUACGAAGAGGACCGGGCUCCUUUUCCUUGAAAACACAGCUGGAUCUCCAACAAUGUGGUUCCUCGGUUCUGUUCUUUUCUUCGUUCUGUUUGGUUCUGCUGGGUCCAUGACACCAGAUAUACAGGACAUCAUAAAGAAACCUGGAGAUGACGUCACUCUGAUGUGUAGAGAUCCUGAAUUCAAGAAGGACACCGCAAUUCUAGAGUGGAGAAGAGAAGAUUCUGAGAUUCUGUUUCUGUUUAGAGAUGGACGACUGUCUCCAUAUGAUGCAGAUAAAUCCUACAGGAACCGAGUGUUUCUGAAUGACAGUCAGAUGAAGGAUGAAGAUCUGUCUGUGGUUCUGAAGAACGUGACCAUGAAUGACACUGGAACAUACAAGUGUAGAGUUCUACAACACAGUGGUCCACACAGAGAAAUGAAGACGAUCUCCACUGUCCGUCUGUCCGUGGAUCCUCCAGGUGAUCCGUCUCCAGGAGAUGAAGGAGGACUGAGUCCAGGAGUUCUCAUUAGGAUUGUUCUGGCAGUUCUUCUUGUUGUUGUUCCUGCUGUUGUUCUCUGGAUCUCCAAGAAGAAAAAAGGUCCAAACCAAAGUUCCAGUGGUUCCAACAACCAGCAAGAGUUUGAACUUGAUCGUCUAAACUCAGAUUCUUAAAUUUGAGAGAAACAACAACAAACACAGAUCCUUGAAGGUCUGAAGGGAUCGAACCUCCAACCUUCAAUCAUUGGACGACCCGCUCUACCACCUGAGAACAUCAAGCUGAAGGUUUCCCUCCUGACUCAGAACGUUCUUCCUGCUGGGGUUCUAGUGGGUUCUGCAGGUUCUGCUCCAACAGGAUCCCCGUUGGUGAAGAAGCUGGGACUGUUCCAUGACUGCAGCAGAUCUUCAUGUUCUGGAAAAGUGUCUGUAAAGUGUUUCUGUUCAUCUGAAUAAAAAGUUCUAAAGAGUU